CCCAGUGAACAGGAGGUCGAGGACCGCAAACAGGAGGAGAAUGAGUAGCAGAAGGAGGAGUGCACAGAGGAGAGGGAAGACGGCGGUGGACGACGAACGGGACAAGGAGCGGCCGGAGGAUCGCAAUGAAGAGGGGGAAGACGACGAGUGGGAGGAGGAGGAAGAAUGGGAGAACGGUGAACAGGAGGAGCAGAGGGGAAGGACAGCAAAUGGAAGGAGGUCGACGAAUGGGAGGAGGAGAUUGGACGGCAUUGGGAGGAAGAGGCAGAAGAAGCGGAACCCGGAGGCAGAGGAUGACCACCGGGAGGAUGAGGAGAAGCAGGAGGAGGAUGAGCGAGACGAGGACGACAACAAAAAUGAAAGGACGAGUGGAACGAGGACGGGGACGAUGAGCAUCAAGGAGGAGGAUUGGGAGGAGGUAGGACGAUGAGCGGAAGGAGGAGCGGGAGGAGGAGCGGGAGGAGGAGCGGGAAGAGGAGGGGGAGGAUGAGCAGCGGGGAUGAAUGGGCUACCGCCCCAUCUCCACCUUCCAUCCCGCCCCUCCUCCUCCCGCUCCUCCUCCCGCUCCUCCCACUCCUCCUGCUCCUCCUCCUGGUCCCGUGCCACAACGAGUGGAGGAGAAACGGGAGGGAGAGCAGCAUGCGCUGCCGGAGUAGAAGCCGGAUGAGC